AGACUAGCGCUAAUUACUCUCUCUCUCUCUUUCUUUCUCCGCCCGCUCUCUCUCUCUCUCUCUCUCUCUCUCUCGUUUUCCCUCCCUCCUCCUCCUCCUCGCCAGUGAAGGAGAGACACAGGGGAACGAACAGCAAGGACGGGGAAGUGAAACAGUUUGGAGACAGAAACUAAAAGAAAAAAAGAGAGAAACUUAAAGUUAUUUUCAUCACUCUGGACUGUCAAAACCUGCAAGAAGACACGAUAAAGGGUGAAAUACAGAGAAACAGGGAUGAAUGUGGCUGAUCUGCUGUACCUUUGAUUAAUGCAACACAUAGAUUCUCUUUGACAGCUAUUAAAAGCGCAGACUGUGUGUGUGAAAGCGAGAGACUGACCGAGAGAGAGAAGAGAGUAACUGCUGACGCCAGACAGACAGAAGGCCUGAGUGUGUGUGUGUGACUGUGUGUGAGUGAAACUGCAGCUACACUGCCACUCGGACACACAUUCACUCACCUGAAAAGACAGACUCCAAUCCUGAUUGGAUGCUUAUUUCAGAAUGACAGCAGAAGACUCCGCCUCUGCCGUUGCCAUGAGUAACCCUAGCCCUUCCUCCUCUAAGUCCUCCUCUGGGCUUCCGCAACAUCACAGCUCUAUCCCAGAAGGAGUGGCUGGGGCCCCAAAUGAAGCUGCACUCGUGGCCUUGAUGGAGCGGUCAGGCUAUGGAAUGGUGCAAGAGAAUGGACAACGCAAAUACGGCCCGCCACCUGGCUGGCAAGGCCCCUCCCCCCCACGUGGCUGUGAAAUCUUUGUGGGUAAAAUCCCACGUGACGUUUACGAAGACGAGCUGGUGCCAGUAUUUGAGACUGUUGGACGGAUCUACGAGAUGCGCCUUAUGAUGGACUUUGACGGGAAGAACCGCGGUUACGCAUUCGUCAUGUACACCCAGAAGCAUGAGGCUAAGCGAGCGGUUCGUGAACUCAAUAACUUUGAAAUUCGUCCAGGAAGGUUGCUAGGUGUGUGCUGUAGUGUAGAUAACUGCCGCCUCUUCAUUGGCGGAAUCCCCAAAACCAAGAAACGUGAGGAGAUCCUGGAGGAAGUUUCCAAGGUGACAGAGGGAGUGCUGGAUGUGAUCGUGUACGCGAGUGCUGCGGAUAAAAUGAAGAAUCGUGGCUUUGCCUUUGUAGAGUAUGAGUCUCACCGUGCUGCUGCUAUGGCCAGAAGAAAGCUCAUGCCAGGACGAAUUCAGCUCUGGGGUCACCAGAUUGCAGUUGACUGGGCAGAACCUGAGAUUGACGUUGACGAGGACGUCAUGGAAACAGUGAAAAUUCUGUACGUGCGGAACCUGAUGAUCGAGACCAGUGAGGAGACUCUACGCCAAACCUUUGGCCAGUACAACCCUGGCUGUGUGGAACGUGUCAAAAAAAUCCGAGACUACGCCUUUGUUCACUUCGCCAGUCGAGAAGAUGCUGUGGUUGCAAUGGACAACCUGAAUGGCACAGAGAUCGAAGGUUCCCGUAUCGAAGUGACCCUGGCCAAGCCUGUGGAUAAGGAGCAGUACACUCGCUAUCAGAAAGCAUCGAAGGGAACACCGGCUGCGACACCCACCGACAACACCCAACAAAGUUACGUGUAUCAGUGUGACCCAUAUACACUCGCCUAUUACGGCUAUCCAUACAGCACACUCAUUGGACCCAACCGAGAAUAUUUCAUCAAAGCAGGUACUGUAAGAGGCCGUGGCCGUGCUGGGGCCGGUAAUAGGGGCCCAGGGCCCCGCGGCUCAUACCUUGGUGGCUAUUCAGCUGGCCGAGGCAUAUACAGCCGCUACCAUGAAGGAAAAACCAAAUUGCCGGACAAACCUUACGAGAUCAUGCCCAAUCUAGAGCUGACAGCUGUGAACCCAGUGGGCAUGAAGCCUGGCACAAUGGCUCUUCCAGCACUUGGUGCCCAGUACCCUGCUGUUUUUUCUGCUGCUCCAGCACCUAAGUUAAUGGAAGAAGGAAAGAUGCACCCAGUGGAGCACCUGAUAAACCCUUUGGCCCUCCAGCAUGACCCCACAGCUGCCUCGGCCACUGGAGCGGUCAUGCCUGCAGUCUCCACACCACCCCCUUUCCAGGGUCGUCCUAUGACUCCCAUCUAUGCUAUGGCUCAUAAUGUCCAGAGGAUCCCAACUGCAGCUGCCAGUCUGUAUGGGGCCGGGUACAUGCCUUUCGCUACCCACGCCAACACUGCCACGCUGGCAGCGCUGCAGAAGAAUGCUGCGAUGGCAGCCGCAACCUAUGGAGGGUAUGCUGGGUACAUGCCUCAGGCCUUCCCUACCACUGCCACCUUCCAGAUGCCCAUCCAUGAUAUAUACCAGACCUACUGAGAUACCAGCAGCAUCAAUCACAAUGACUUACAAUUACACACACCACAUCACCACAGGCCAUCAGACAUUUACGCUGCAUCUAUGAAGUCUGCUGGUUAACUGAACCACGCAGAGUAAAACUGACAUACUCACAACAAAAAUAACACCUUAUGACUCGUGUGAAGCUCCCUGGAAGCCUUUAGAGUUGUGCUGGCAGCAAGGAUGUAGAUUUCCGCUAAAUUUACUCACAGCUUCAUCAGACCCUCUGGCCCACAUUUAUUAAUCCAGACGUAUGACCUAGACCAAAACCACUUUUAUAUGCUACUGAUUAGCUAACUAAGAUAGGUAGACUUUUGUAUUGUAUGUUGUGGACUCAAACCCCUGCAAUGUGACCAGAACCUUGCCCGCUUUCCAUUUAGACCAAUAGGAAACAGUCUGUCAGUUCGACUUCUUAAAGGACUCGACCACUCUUGCUGAUUUCCGAAGCCAUCACACGACUGAAUGAAUGACAACUCCUGUUCUCGCGUGAUCAUUCGCAUAUUUUAUCAUCUUGCAAAGGUGUUGUUUAUUAGUUGAUCACCAGUACAGCGGUGGACUGACUCCGAGUGAUAUGUUCAUAUGAAGAAAUUCAAAACAGAGCAUUUAAGACUUGCAGAAGCACACCUAGUGACAUAUCACCUGACACAUCUUCCCCACACACUCCAGCUGAAAAUCGUGAGCCAGAGCGUUCAUGUCAUUGCACAAUCCUAAUACCACUCCUCUGCGUUCACGGCCACAAGAAUACUGAAGGAGCGUUGUAGUAUUAGUGGACUUUAAUAAGAGCGUAUUUAAUGCCUCUCUAUGCUUUAGUGCAUUUACUUUUGUUUUGUGAAGAAAAACAAAUUGACAAAACUGUAAAUGAACAAAAAACUGCUGAGCAGAAACUUCAACAACCACAGAAGUAGAAGAUUUAAAGUGUUUCAUGAAAAUGCUGUAUUUUGAGUAUAUAACAUAUUUGCGAAAUGUUUCGAAGAUGUCGGAAUCUUCCGUCCACUGGGUUUUCUGCGAGCGAGUCCAUAUGAGAAUACCUGCAUUCAUUUUUCCUUCUGUACUGUUUAUUGCUUAUGCAUUUUUAUAUUUAGGUUAUUUUAAGAUUGUACUAUUUAGUUGGCUUGAAGACUUUUCAGAUGUUGUUUUUAUUGUCUAGAGGAUUUUUUUUUCUUUUCUGAACUGGAAGAUAGACAAACACUGUUUUCCUUCUCAUUCUCAGAGGCAAAAUAAGUUUGAGUGUUCAAGAAAAAGCAAACUGGAAAAAGAGAAAAAAUGUUUUUCAGUCAGUUGACUCUAUGCUUGAUAACAUGUGUUCUCUGUUAAAGGGAUAGUUCACCCAAAAAUGAAAAUUCUGUCAUCAUUUAUUCAUUCCAACACUGUAUGACUUUCUUUUUUCUGUGGAACAUUAAGAUAUUUUGAGAAAUACAGUAUUCCUGUCUCAAACUGUAGAGCAUGAUGCUAACAACGCUAUGGUCAUUGGUUCGAUUCUCCUGGAAUCCAUGAAUUAAUGAAUUACCUUGAAUGCAAUGUAUGUCGCUUUGGACAAAAGUGUCUACCAGUGUUUUUUGUUUUUUCAUACAGUGGAAGUCUGUGCUUUUUGGUACAGGUUUGGAAAGACAUGAGAGUGAGUAAAUGAUUUGCAAUGAUUUUCAUUUUUGUUUAAACUAUCCCUUUAAAAUGUUUUAAAAGCACAAACUGGACUGACAAAAAGUAGCUGGGUUAAAGAUACAGCAUCAUUUAUGAUAACUUAAGGUCCGUUCACACCAAGAACGAUAACUAUAUUAGCGUCAUUACACAUUAAUGCACAAUGUCGUUCUGUUUAUUCUAAAUAUGUGCGCAGUUAUGUCGUCUGCCACUUUAAGUGCUCAAGCUCUAUAAAGCAGGAUGGAUUCUGAUUGGCUGUCAGUGUUUUCAUCAGCUGGAAACAAAAUCAUUCCUUUGUGGUGUGGACUGUGCUAUUCUGAGAACAAUUUUUAAAACUAUCUUCAUUUUGUAAUCAUUAUAGUCAUCAUCCUUGGUGAGAACGGGCCUUUAGUUCUGCUUACUUGUGCUGGUUGUGUUUUAGUUAAUAGUUGAUGACCAACUGUGAGCAGCCCUUAUUUUUUCAGACCAUUACUGUGAUUCCCAGCAUCCAGUCCUGUGCAUCAUUAGGAGAACACAAGCUCCCUUGUAUCCGCUUUUGUGCCAUUAAUACAAAUUGCACCUGAAGUACUGUCCCAUUUACCGCUGAACCAAUUAAGUUGAUGUUGUUUAUUAACGGUCUUGAGUUGCAGACCUUGAGUUGCAGGAUAAAAUCAGGUUAAUGGCGCGAUACUUUCAUUCUCCCAAUCAUAAUUCCCCCUAUAGAUGCUCGUAGACACAGUUGACGGUUGAUAGAGUUUUGUAGUUUGUUUUCUUUUGUAGUUCUAACACUGCAUUUUUGUAGAUCACACUCCAUGUUGUGUAGCUACUGUAGUACGAUGACUGUUCUGAGGUGCACUUAAACAUUUUCGGGUGUUAGAAGUUCUUGUGUAUGUAUGUGCUUUAUAAUGUGUUUGAGCAGGCACUUUUGUCUUUUUAGGGGUAUUUUGAUACCUCUAGAACUGGAAUGAACUGGACCAAACUGAAACCAGGGAGCUCAGAGAACCUGUUAAUAUCCUCAUUGCCUUUUCAAUGACUGCUGUAUGUCAUAUCAAUGUCCUCUUGAAGAAUGUUGUAUGCCACCUUUAUGCCUUCUGUAGGACUGCAUAUGUCACAUGUGCCUUUAUUCAGACUGCUGUCUGUUAAGUGACCUCUUAAACACUGUUUGUAAUACCACAGUGCUUCUUCUCUCCUAUUUUCUUUCAGAAAGUCAAGCUUUUUUGUUUUAUACUGUUGUGUCUAUGGGGGCUCUGAGUGUUAGAGCGCUGCUUUAUGUUGUAUUAUGCUUUCAUGUUCUAACAGAGUUGAUGUUUUAUUAAGUAUAGCCUGUUUUUUUUUUUAGACGAGACUGAGUGAAAGUUUGGGGAGAACUUCAUGAUAUACAACCAAACAAAGAAUGACAAUCCAUGCAGUUCACAUCACGUAAGCUAGAGACACAUUUUUGCACACUGCUGCCAUCAUCGAGGACAAUGUCUCUCGGUUAUGGCAUGUCUGUGUUUUUGAGAAAAGUGAACUAUCCCCAGUAGUUUUUCUCUGUCUGUUAUCUUGUAAUCUUUUAUUAUGAGCGAAGCAGUCAGGAUAUAUUUAAUAUAUACAGUACAUUGUUUUUGUGUAUGAAGUAAGAGGAAAUGCUAUAAUAUAUUUUAAGAAGACUUUUCCAUCUCAUUAGAUGUGCUUUAGAGGGUUUGACAGCAACAAAAACUAUUUUUUUGCCAAAGUGUUCAAUGCUACUAAACUAAUGCGAAUGUGUGUAUGUUCGGAUAUAUAAAAGUGGCUAUAAGUUGCCAGUGUGGAGUCAAUACUGGCCCAAAUUGAUCAUGCAUUCAUUGGCAAAACAUGCUUUCUUUUGCGACCAUUUCAUAAAACACUACAUGUGUAGCGUUUUUUUUUUUUUUUUUUCUUCCUUUUUUAUACUUGUUUUUUGUUGCUAAAAAACAAAUGAACAAGACCAGGUGACCUCGGCUGAGGACAUUUAGAUAAUGUAGAAUGCUAUUGCCAAAAUAUUCUUAUAUUUCCUCUUUUUUUUAGGUUUUUUUUUUUUUUUUUUAAGAUCUACUAGAACUGUUUUCUUUCUCGCAUUGUUUGUUUAAGGCUUUUUGGCAUUGUUGUAUUUAUAGAGGUAGUUUAAUAAAGCAUUUUCAAAAAGAA